AUGGCAUCCCCACAUCCACGACCCAUCAAGCGAUUGUUGAUCGCCAACAGAGGGGAAAUUGCGGUUCGCAUUUUGCACGCUGCCCGGGAACUGCCUGAUCCCGUCGAGACAUUUGCUCUAUACACCUCAGACGAUCGAUCGCAUUGCGACCUAGGGCGACCACAUCAUGCAAUUGAAAUUUCCUCGGCCUCGUCCUAUUUGGAUGUGUCGCUGCUAGUAGGCCUUGCUCAAAGACAUUCCAUAGACUCGGUGCACCCGGGCUACGGGUUUUUGAGCGAAAGCGCUGACUUUGCAUACCGCAUGUGGCAUGAAGCUCAAUCUCUUGUUAUUGGACCCGGAUGGGAGAAUCUUGCCGGCACCGGAGAUAAACUGCAGGCAAAGCAACUAGCGCAACAAUGUGGAGUGCCAGUUCUGAAAGCCAUGGACCAGCCCACAGCCGAUGUCAAUGAAGCGCGGGAUUUUGCGAGGGCUGUUGGUUUUCCAGUCAUGGUCAAGGCCGUUGAUGGCGGAGGCGGGCGAGGAAUCCGUUUAGUGCGCGAAGACCAGGAGCUCGACAAUGGUAUCCAGCGUGCCAUUGGCGAGUCGCCGUCUCGAACGGUAUUUGUGGAAAAGGCCGCGGUGGACGGAUUCCAUCAUAUUGAGAUUCAAGUCAUUGGAGACGGGACAGGUCAAGUGAGGCAUCUGUGGGAAAGAGACUGCAGUGUGCAGCGACGGUUUCAAAAGGUCGUGGAAUGUGCGCCGGCGUUGAUGCAUGAUCGAGAUCUUAUUAGUCGCGUGAUCGACUCGGCCCUCAGAAUGGCCAGCAAGAUCAGCUACCGAUCCCUAGGGACCUUUGAGUUCCUGGUUAACGAGCACCGUGGGGAGUUCUACUUCCUCGAGGUCAAUCCCCGUCUUCAAGUUGAACAUACCAUCACGGAAUCCAUCAGUGGUUUUGACUUGGUGCAGACGCAGCUCCUGCUUUCUCAGGGGUGUUCACUCAGUGAACUUGGUCUUGGGUCCGAAAUAUACGCGAAAGAUCCUCCUUCCAAGUCUUUCUCCAUCCAACUACGGCUCUGCGCCGAGGACCCAACUGCGAGCUUCGCCCUCAGCAUCGGCAAGAUCACCGAAUUCAGUGUGCCAAGUGGACAUGGAAUUCGAGUAGACACCAAUAUCAAUGUCUCUGGCACAUCGGCAACCAUUGUUGGGUCGAAUUUUGACAACUUGCUUGCCAAGAUCAUUGUCACUGCCUCGACCUGGGAAGCGACUGUGAGAAAAGCGCAGCGCGUAUUAGCCGACUCGAGGAUUUCCGGAGUCAAAACCAAUAUCAGUCUUUUGCGAGGUAUUGUGAGCCAUGUUGAGUUCGGGGCUGAUGCCGUGGACACGCAGUGGUUAGAAUCAAAGCUUGAUGAAGUCGUCCAGCUUGGAGAGAACAUCUCGAGAGCGCUUCACGAUCAGGGCGAAAACGCAGGGCCCUCCGCGCAAGGAAUAACGCAAAGCGGGCUACCAUCUUCGAACCUGCUGUUCCGAAAGGGCGAUGCGUGGUCGAUCACAUUGGAACCACUGGAGAAAUCUGCCUCGCAGGAAGGGAAGAUGGUACAUCAUUUGCGCCUGUCCAGAGUCUUGCGCAAUGAGUUUCCUGCAUCUUUAGCAGCGGAAAUUGAAUACACUACCCCGUCAUCACAAACAGCAAUUCCAUAUCGCAUGCAACUUGGUACCACGUCCACCGCGGCAUCGGCGCUGGUCUCUUCAUCCCACCGUCGGGGAGACCCCAAGAACCCGAGACAUGUCAUUCUUCCACUGUCUGGGAAACUCAUUGAGAUAUUAGUAGCGGAGGGGGAAGAGGUGGCCGAGAAUCAAGUUUUGGCGUUCGUCAAGCAGAUGAAGAUGGAGCUGGAAGUGAGAAGCCCUCGAGCUGGCAGGGCAUCGUGGGUGUAUGAGAUGGAAGAUGACGAGGAAGAUGUGGCCGAGGGCAUGCUUCUGGUGGAACUGGAAGAGGACAAGAGCAAGGUGGAAGUGCGAGGGAAAUUGUAG